AUGUCGAACCUCGACGCUGCUCAGCUAUUCUCUGUCAAGGGACUGGUUGCUGUAGUCACAGGCGCCAGCUCUGGUUUGGGCGAAGUUAUGGCCCAUGCUCUGGAUGUUAACGGCGCAGCUAAAGUCUUCAUUCUCGGCCGCCGAGAGUCCAAACUCAGGGAGGUUGCAUCAAAAGCAAAAAAUGGCUCUCUCAUCCCGCUCGUAUGCGAUGUGACAUCCAAAGAAUCCUUGGAGGCUGCAGUGUCGACAAUCGAAAAGCAGACGCCAUUUAUUAAUCUUCUUAUUGCCAAUUCAGGUUAUCUCGGGGAGGUUAGCGGUAUGGUCCCUAGGCCGGCAGAGCAGACUCUAGCCGGAUCGUAUUUUACCUUCCUCGCCUUCUUGGGCUUGUUAGGAGCUGGCAAUACGCACUCUGACAGCAUAGGAAAGAGUGGACUACUGCAGAGUCAGUUUAUUAGUACUACUAGUUUUGGUGGCUUGUGCCGAGCUGAAGCUCCUAGCUAUGUCUACAAUGCCAGCAAGGCUGCUCUGAGCCACUUGACGAAGACUUUGUCAUCGGAGUAUGCCAAACAUAGCAUCCGGGCCAAUGCUAUUGCCCCCGGGACUUUUGCCUACACCCCAGAGGGAGAUAUCAGCGUCGUCGGCUCUUUGCCGUGGCAAGCUAUCCCAGUUACACGAGCAGGCACAGAAGAGGAUAUUGCCGGUGCUGUGCUUUAUUUGGCAUCUAGAGCAGGUGCUUUUGUGAAUGGGGUGCAUCUUGCUACCUGA